CAGAGUCGCAGCAGACGACAUUGUGCGAAUUGUUUUGCUCAAUACCCCCUCGGCACUCGGCCGUUGUUGGGUUGUGUCUUUAUUGUGUAUUACUGCGUUGCAUACUUACACGCUCAUAUCAAAGAAUGUUUAUGCAUUUUUUGGCGAACACAGUUUAUUUAUUGAAAACUGAAGUACAAAGUGUAAAUCACCUGCCGUAAAAAAUACCAUUAAACGUUAUUUACUAUGUUAAUCAUCCUUAAUUACAGUAACUAUGACAGUUGAUUCAUUACGAGACGACGUUGAAGAAAUUAUAUCUCCGAGCCACCGAGGACUGUCUGUAGUUGUGAACAAGAUUCGCUUGGUAAUUCGUGACACGAAGUGUUGACCUUCGUUUGACCAAAAAAUGGUGCGUGUCAUACCGGUGCACAACUUUCAAGAGCAAAAUGUUGCACAAAUCGAAGAACCUCAAGCUAGCUGCGUCGCGAGCGCGCCUCAUCGCCGAGAACUGCUGCUGCUGGCCUUGGCGUCCCACUGCGUCGAAGUCCGCGAUCUUGGCCAGCCGGAACUUCCGCUGCUCACCAGAUUUCCUACGGUCGAUUUGCCAACUUGCAUAAUGCACUGCGUCAAGGGUAAUUACGUCGUUACCCUGGAGCAAAAGCAGCUCUCGCCGCAACAAUCCCAGCAGCAUCAGCGAUCUCAGGACUGUGGAACUUAUGUUCGCGUUUAUGUCAACUGGGCUAGUCAAGACAAGCAAGCUAUGCGGGCGCGCAUAGCCGGCCGGGUAACGCCAAGCUUAAAUAGACCAUUGAAUGGUCUUGAAAUGAUUGAAUUGCCUUUGUCGGCCAAAGCUACUGCUAUAGCUUGUUGUCAAACUACUGGAAAUUUACUUGUAGCUACUGGUAACACUCUUAUAUUGCAUGAGUUCAAGAUCGAAACUCAGAGCCCAGCAAAAAUGAAAUUCAUUGAUUUUGAAGCUAGACCUUGGUCUCUGGGUUUAAAAUUUUCCCCAACCAAGUUGGAUAUAGUUGAGGACUUUAUAGCAGCUAUGGAUGCUACAAGAUUUGUUGUUUGUAGAUUGACUAAUCCUUUUUAUGAUGACAUAGAUCAUAUGAGUUCUUUUACAUCAACUACUACUACAACUACUUCUUCUAAUGAUAAAACUACUGUAUCCACUGAUUUUUGCAGUUUAGAAACAGUGGACAACUCUACUUCUGGUUUGGAAAGUAAUGAAAGCAGUUUAAAUAGACUUAAAAGCCAGUCUAGUCUAAAGAAUUGUACAGAUAAAAAUUCUAAUCCACAAUCUUCGUUAGAUUUUUCAAAAACAAAAAUUAAGAAAAAGUCUUUCAUUGACUGGAAUAACUUGUUUAGUAAUGAAAAAGUAGAGCUACAAUCAUUGAUAAAUGAGGGGGUACUUGAAAAUUCUUCAUCUCCUGUCACAAUUAAUUUGCCUUCUAUAUCACUUGAGAGAGCUGGACCAGGACAUACACUUAAUCCAUUUGUUUUGAAUUCCAUAGACACUGAAAUUUCAAUUAAAACAAAUUCUCCAAGCAAUGGUUGGUCUGAAAAUUAUGUUGUUAGAAACAUUUUGAGGUUGAAAAUAGCCAGGUCAAGUGAUGUUAUGAAUCUUGAUGGUAGUUCUGAUUUUUUCAUAAGUUUUGUCAUUAAACCAUUGUACACAAAAAAUGACAAUAAUAGCAAUGGAAUUAAGAAAUCUAUUUUGAAGUCAGACAGUUAUAAAUAUCUUCAUGGAGUAACUUGUUUAAUCUGUACCACACAAGAAGGCUACAUGUACCAUUUUAAUACAGAAAGUAGUGAUGAUAAUAAUCCAACUUGUCUAACUACCUACCCAUUUACAGCCCCAGUUAUUCAUGUUGCAUUGGAGUAUACAGUUUUACAUGCUUUAACAGAAGCCGGAUUGGAGUCAUACACUCUCCGAUUGCCGCAUCAUGUAGCUAAAAGUAGACCUCAACAACAAAGUAAAAAAACUAUGUGUCCAGAUGUGUCCGAACCAGUUUGCUUAAUAGGAUUGAGACCAUUUCUAGGAGUUCAGCAAAUGAUCAAUUCAGACAAAAGUAUUGUAUUACUUGCAAAAGCUGAAAGUUCAUGGACCCUUUAUUCAUUAAGACUUCCAAGACCAGAAAAUGUCUACUUUGAUAUAAUCAAUGCUGCAAAAAACCACAAAGCAAACAGCCCUUCUACAUACCGUCAUUUAUUAGAGGAAGCACAUACAAUAUUACGUUUAUCAAAGGAAAUAUUAGAUUUACAUGAAAAUGUAAACGAUCACUUUUCUGUUGAUCCUAAACUUGAAAGUCUCUAUAAUCAGUCUUGUGCACUAUUAGGGGACUAUUUUAUUAGAUCAGAUAAGGAAUUAGAGCGUCGGCUUUGCAUUCCAUACUAUUGUAUGUCUGGAUUAAAACCAAGCGAAGUAUUGUUGAGAAAAUCAACUCAAGAUGCACCAGGAUUAGUGACUUAUGUUAUUGAUGUUCUAAAAAACAUUAAAAGUGGUCCAGAUGCUGAUGCUUUAUUCCAAGUCCAAGAUAUUGUUAAUAUUAUAAGUUUGGAAAGUCGUGAAGAUUUACUCAAAAUAAUAUUAACUAGUUCUGUACUACGCGAGUAUGCAACUGAUAAACUGAUUAAUCUUUUGACCCUGCAUAAUAGCGAAGAUGAUUGUUAUAAUUUAGCUUUAACUUUAUUGUAUAUACAAGCAGAAAAACAAUUUUUAGCUGACAAUGCUUUGAAUAAAGUAUUGGACAACUUUUUACUAAAAACAAUUCUAGACUAUCCACAUUUAUUAUUUGAUGAGGAAGGUUUGGAUGUAAAGAAUAGAAUUAAUCUCUCUUUUUCGGAUUUUUCAGCUACAUUAAUACGUAAAAAAAGUUCAGUUUUUGCUAGAAUACUCACAAGUCUAAUAGAAGAAGAAAUACUUUUACUUUAUCAAGUUAUGCAAGUGUUUCUUGAUUAUUUACCCUCGCGAAUAGGAAGAGAUGGACAAGAUGCUGCUGCAGCCUUACAACAGUUCCUUGAAGUCUAUUUUCAUUCAUUGUUUUCCAAAAUUGAAAAUAGAAAUGGCGUGAAUUACGAUUUUACAUUAACAGAAGCUUUUAAAAUUCUUGUCCGUUCUUAUCUGAGUAAAUUGAUGCAAACAAAUAUUUCCAAAGCAGAAGAGCUUGCAACUACAAAUGAAUGGCAAUAUGAAGAUAAUUAUUUAUUUGAAAGUCGAAGACCAAAGUAUCUUGACAAAAUGCCACCAAUUGCUAAAGAUUAUCAAAAAAUAAUGGAUGCUUCAGAUUUUGAAGAAUUAUGCCAAUUAAAUAUUUCAGAAAAUAAAAAAUAUGUACGCAUAGAAGUUUUAAAAUUGCAAGCUCUGAUGGCCAGUGAUUUUUUACCAAAUGAGUGCCUUCAAGAAGUAGAACAGUUUCUUGAUGCAGAACAAAUACAAGGCAGUUUGUCUUUUCGUACUCUUUGCAAUAAAAAUACAGAAUCCAUCACUCAUUUAUUAAUAGAUAAAUGUCCUCAGGCUGUAUUGCCCUAUGCUAAGGAUAUGUAUACCAGAGAAUCAGAAUGGAAAACACUUGUGGAUUUGUUACAACAAAAAAUGUCGAAUGAAUCAUCCAAUCCUGAUACCCAUCUCUUUUUUGAACAUACCAUGACAGAAACUAUAAAAUACAUAGCAGAAGUAUUACCUGCAAAAUCUUUACAGUACAUAAUACCAAAAGAUAAUGACGAACGUUAUCAACGAUACACGGAAGUUUGUAAUCAAAUUGUGCACGCUGAAAAUGUCAAAUCUCUUCUAAUAGAAACAGGACGACAAUUAUUAUCGUCAUUUAACUCUUAGUUGAACUAGAUAGGCCAAUUUCAAUUAUUACUUAUUAAAUGCUUAAUACUUAAUGAUUUACAAUAUAACAUUUUCUAGCAGUGUACUCGUGAAAAUUAGAUUGAUUAUGCAUAAAUUAAUCAGAUUUCAUAUUUGAAUCAAGAAAAGUAUUCAAUUCUUAAAAAUUAACUAUAGGUUGAUGAAUAUAGCUAGUUGACAAGUAUAAUUGAAUCGAUGAUACUGUAUAAGAAGGUAAUUGGAAAGCUUGCAGUCAUGUUUUAAGUGAAUUUUUAAGUUCACACUCAUUUGUAUAAAAAAUCAACACCUAUAACACGUUGGUACUUUCAAAUUUUUUAUCAAAUCACUUCUAAGGUGUUCCUCUGAAGCAGUAAUAAAUGUACAUUAUAUAUUAUUAAAUUUGCACACUAUGAUGUAAUUUUCAUAAGUGAGUACUUACUUUUAUGCAAGAUUUCAAUUUAUUAAAUUGAAUAUUUCAAUGUUAAGCUCAGGAGGAAGUCAUAUUUUUAUUGUUAACUUAUUAAAAAAUUUGUUAGUUAAUUUUUCGCGAGUGUAGAAGUAUUACUCGCGAUUUAAUACAGAGUUUAUAAUGCAAUAAGAUAUUGUACAAGAAUCUCUAGUUGUUUAUGCACGAUUUUUGAGCAUUAUAUGGUUUUGCAAAAUAAGAUGAUAAAUGUAUAAUUUAUAUGAAAUUUAUUAUAGCAAAUUCGUUGUUAUUAAUUCAAUUUAAUUCUAAUAUCAAACGUUGUAAAGUUAUUUUACAAAAUAUACAAUUUCAAUCAAAUAAAAUACACUUAUAAGUAUAA